GCCACAUUGUUCGUUGUACUUCAAAAAAGCUAAAAUUAAGGGGAAAAAAAAAGAAACCCUCCCAAAAAUCUUACAUGGUAUCGAAAAACCCGAACCCGGCUGAGGGAUUUUACCUGGAUCCUACCGGAAUGGCGUUGCCAGGCCUGGGACCCUUCGCCGCCACAGAUGCGGCGGCGUCCACCGUUUCAUCUUCCGAGGAUCCGAAUAAGAAAAUCCGAAAGCCCUACACCAUAACCAAGUCCAGAGAGAGCUGGACUGAACCUGAACACGACAAGUUCCUCGAGGCUCUCCAGCUAUUUGACCGUGACUGGAAAAAGAUCGAAGCAUUUGUCGGGUCAAAGACUGUUAUUCAGAUUCGUAGUCAUGCCCAGAAAUAUUUUCUAAAGGUUCAGAAGAAUGGAACAAAUGAACAUCUACCUCCACCUCGACCUAAAAGGAAAGCAGCUCAUCCAUAUCCGCAGAAAGCCUCAAAAAAUGUUCAUGUACAGCCACAAGCAUCAGGGUCUCUUCAAUCAUCAAAUGCAUUAGUUGACACUGGAUGUGUUCUCAGAUCUGAUCCCUCAUUGAUGCUUAUGAACCCUGUUACUGCUGCGUCUUCCUGGACACACAAUGAACAAACCAUCAGUUUCUCAGAAGCUAAAAAAGGUUCUGGAAUGGCCAAUAAAUCUAGGGGCAGCUCAAUGAGCACCCCACAAAGGCGACAAAUUGGAGAGAUGACUAAUCAGGGAAAUCAUGGUCAUGCACUAAGAGUGUUGCCUGACUUUGUUCAAGUAUACAGUUUUAUUGGCAGUGUCUUUGAUCCAAACACUACCGGUCAUCUACAGAAACUUAAAAAGAUGGAUCCCAUAGACAUUGAAACGGUGCUGUUGUUGAUGAGAAACCUCUCCAUCAAUCUGACAAGUCCUGAUUUUGAGGAUCAUGUGAGUUUCUAGCUCUUACUGAUGGUUGCUUCUUCCUCCAGGAGAAAGCUGCUUUCUUCCUACGAGAUUGACACAGAGACAAAUUAUCAUGGUGGUGCGUGUAAAGCUGUCGGUACUUGACAAUGACCUGUCUGGAAAUUACUUAAUAAGGUAGGUGAUGGCAUUUGCUUUUAAUUUCUUCUUUGUUCAUACCAUCUUUUAUCUCAUACAUAAUUAAUAUGGACUCUAUUUUCAUGCCAAGAAGCUCUAGAAUCAAAAAGCGACAUAUACUAUAUGAUGUUCCGUUAGUAUAUUUAUUGUUUCUUAGGAUCACCGGCUGCAAAUUUUCCGAAUAAUUUCCCCCAUUCUGCGGUCGUGUAUAUACACUGUGAGAGAACUGGGUGCAGCAGAAUGAAAGGAAAAAGAAUGGCAAAGAGAGUGUACAGUGGUUAUCUUUUUGGUUUUUUUUAUUUUUUUGAAGGGGGUAUUUUGUACAAUACAGUGUCUCGUGUAUUCAUUUUUUGACUGCUUGUUUUUAUAUAUAUGCUAUGUUGGUAUAUGCACAUAGUAUUUAUGUAAGAAGCUGCCGCUAAUGCUGCUUUGGGUUAUAUUAUAUACAAAAAUCUGUUUUUUCA